AUGUCCAAUAAUUACAUUUCCUUGGUGUGUUCCAUGUUGAUGAUAUAUGCCAACCUUCAGCACGGAUUUAUCUUCGCCAUGUUUUCCCGUUUCUUUAUUGGCAUCUCAAUGGGUAUUUUCUCCAGCGUGAUUCCUAUGUAUCUCCUAGAGACCAGCCCCCUGAAUAUGAGGGGUUCCAUCGGUAUGGUGCCCCAGUUCUUUCUAGUGAUCGGGGUCCAACUGGCUCAGAUAUUUGCCUUUCCUGAACUACUGGGCACCGUAGAAGGUUGGCCAGUCCUGGUGAGUUUGCCUGGGCUCUUAGCUAUCUGGCAGAUCCUUCUGUUCCCUUCCUGCCCUGAAAGUCCAAGGUACCUGUUGAUGCAGAAGAAAGAAGAAGAAGAAGCCAGAGAAGUUCUCAAGCACCUCAGGUUGCAGAGUGACGUCGAGGACGAACUGGAGGAGCUCCGACGGGAGGACCUUUUUGAGAAGGAUGAGAAGAACAUGAAUACCCUGCGGCUGCUGUGCUAUCGUCCACUCCGUUGGAACCUGGUUUCGGUGGUGAUCAUCGAAACAGGCCAGCAGCUUUCUGGCGUCAAUGUGAUCUACCUCUACAUUGAGGAAAUGCUCUACUCUACCGGGUUAAGCCACAAAAACGCCCGAUAUUUCCAAAUGAUGACCACUGGCCUGUUAAUCUUGGCUAUCUUAUUUGGGAUGUACAUCGUGGAUAGGAAAGGACGGAAAAUGCAGCUUCUUGUCGGGUUUGGGAUGGCCACUGUCUUCUGCCUCGUGUUCACCGUGACCCGAGAUCUACAGGCUAAAUUUGCCUGGUUGUCCAUCUUUAACAACAUCAUUAUCAACAUUUUCCUUUGUGUCCACGCUUUUGGGCCAAGUGAGUAG